UGUGGGCCGUUGAGUUUGAGUCGCUCAGUACCGCGCCACCAUUCACGCGAAGCGGCCACGUCUCACCGCUCAAACACGGCGAUUACGUCUCGACAGACCGCACAUGUGAUCGACGGAAAAUCAUAGAGUAAAAAUUUUCGGCACGUCAAAACUUUCACUUUGAGUGGAUCGUGUAUGUAUGUGAUUUUCAGCUCUCACGGACACUGUUGGGAAAUGUCACUAGUAUCAGUUACCUUCCUUAUGUGAUGUAGAUCCAAACCAAUACCAGUGAUCAGUUAGAGUUACAAUAACCACAAGUGAAUACGAUACGGAAACGGUACGAAAGUGACACGAGGUGUUGGGAAACUAACGUGGUUUUGAAAAAGACGUGUGUGUGAACCUCGUUUCGAAAGUGCACAUUUGUCCUGAAAGUGUUGCUUGUGACACUUUAUCACUGGUUUGAUGAUUGGGACAGAUCAAGUGACCCCGCAAACACUGGAUCGUUUGCGGUUUUAAACCCGACACGCGUGAAUGGCGCAACACUAGAGCAAAACAUGCAAGAAAUGCCGUACCAACGAAAAUCGCGAGUGAAUCGAACUGUCUAGCGAACUAGACAGUGAUAGAGAUAGCAACAAAUAGUGCGGGGAAAGCGAUGUGUUGAGCAGUGACGGCGUCAGGCCGUUUGAAAUGGGCGCGGCGCGCCAUGAUUCCGCGUGCGCGCCCCUUGAGGCUGCUUAUUGCGGCGCUUGCGCUGGCGUCCUGUGCCGCGGUCCCGGCCCCGGAGCCCCGGGCCCAACGGUCCGCGAACUUAAGCCAUAUAACAGGCACCUCGCGGAAAAUACAGAUGUUCCUCAAGAAUCGCUAUCUGCAGUUAUGGCCAGAUGGCACCGUCAACGGCACCACAGACGGCAACAGCGAGCACACGAUACUUCAGCGUGCGACGUACAAGGUCGGCCUCCUGACGAUCCAGGGGGUGUACACGUGCCUCUACCUCUGCAUGGAUGCUUGCGGGUUCCACUACGCUCAUAAGGAUCUCUCAGACGACUGUCUGUUUGCGGAACAUUUAGAAGAGAAUAACUACAACACAUAUUCGCGGAUACGCAAUGGAAAGAAGACGUUUUUAGCGUUAGACAAUCGGGGCCGGUCGCGGCGGACGCAGAUACCGGUCUCGCGGCAGCUAGGGAAUCUGUCCACGUACGCCCUGACCCUCACGAAACGAUGGGAUGGACACGGACACAAGCCGACACAAUGCCCCCCACGGCGGCAUCGAGGAAAAAUCAAAAGACCUCCACCUAGACACAGAAAUUGCAUGAUGAGGAUACAGAAGCAAAACCUAAGGCACAAGCGGAAACACAAGAAAGUUAACAUUGCGAAAAAGAAACGGCAUCCGAAGGCGAGAAGAAAACACGAAAACGGGACGACGACCACGACGGAGAUGUACUGGGACGAGUCGACGAUGUCGACGAUAUCCACGACGGAUGUCGAGUUUUUUCGCUCGGCGACCGCGCAGGAGGCGGUCACACCCUCGUGAGUGGAUCCCUGGUCGCGGUCUCAGCAGCCGUUGCGCUGGCACACUAGCACGGUUCCACACUUACACAUAUAAAGAAUCUCUAUAUCAUUCCUGCAAUGUGCGCAGCACCGCACUUGCUCUCAGCGACAAUUCAUCAUUGCUCUCUUAGAAUUCCUUCGUUCGAAACAUCGAACGGUGGCUUAGUUCUUUUCUCAGUUUAUGAACCUCUAGUACCUCCUAUUUCCUUGUAGUCAUAAUACUUUUAAUACUCAAUUGUCGAGUCAAAACGAACAAAUAUAAGGCAUAACAGCUCAACAAUAAACUAAAUGAUAUUAUUCUACCAAAGCUACUGAAAUUAUCUAUCUCAAUUUAUAUUCCUAGUUCGCUUUAAAACUUAGGUUAUCGGCAAGAUUCCAAUUGUCUUAGUUACUGUUACUUAUCAUGAAAUUAUUAAUGUAGAUGAUAAAUCAUAUUCGAUAAAUAACAAGAUGUUUUGUUAAAGAUUUGUGAUUAACGUUGAGUAAGGUGGAACAGUGUUAGAUGAUGGCUAAAAAUUUCGUUUGUGAUGAUCCAAAUACGUCUCCAAAUACCGUUGUUUAUGAUGGUGACUAAAUAGGUAUCUACAGCCUGGGUCAUAAGCCAAAUGGACUGUCAUAUAGAAUAGCGAUAUUUUAGUGAAAUCUUCGAAAUCCAUAUGUUGGUUGUCUUCUUAAAUUUCUAUUUAAUUUCAUCUAAGUGAUUUGUUAAUGGAUUUGAUACGAGACAUCAUCGGUUCCGUUACAAAAAGCAUUUAUCGGCCUAAAAAAUCUUAAACGCUCGUAAUUUUCCACGUUUACAAAGUGCUCUCAGAAGCGUAUUCAAAUUAAGAAAUUAUCACUUUAAUUCCUUUGAUAGCUGCGUGCUGGACAUGGAUAUUAAAACGAAAAUUAGUUUUACUUUAUUUUUAUAGUCCACAUUACUGAUCUGCAUAUGAAUGGCUUGGAUUGUCACAAUCAGAAUCUAGAGAAGCUUUUGUACUUAGAUUGGGUGUGUUGAGGUGUAAUUUCGUAAGAAAUUGACUGAAAAAUGGACUGAGUAAUGUAGUUAAUGUUGGUUUCGGUCUAGGCUAUGAUAGGAUAAAGUGUAGCGCGGCGUAACGGCAUGCUUCUGUAAUGUGUAAGAUGAAAGAUGUCGCUGGUGAGCGGCGAGUCUUAUAGCGGUCUCUGGAUGCCAUAAUUCAUAACUCACCGAAAUACCACGGCGUCCAGCCGAAUUUAAACCAGUUUAAACUGGAUUUUAACUAGUUAAAGACACAAUUAAUUACAUAAUAAUUGCGCAAGACUCGACCGCUACUACCAACACGUCUACCAAAAUGGAUGUAGUGAUAAAAAUUAACAGCGGAGAUGUGACUACUAGUGUGUAGGUCUAAAACGUGUAUCUAAUUUGUAAAUUUAUUUAUUUUCCAUAGAGAAAGUGUAUUUUGUUAACGUUUUAGUUGAUGUUUUUUUAUUCUCUUUCCCCCGUAGUUCCAACUGAAUGUAGAUAUGUAGGAUUUCAUACGCUUGUUACUUUUAGUGAGCCAAUUAAUUUGUAUUAUAUUUUAGUCCGUUCGGUAACAAUAUGUGCGUAUGCGAUGUGUAUAGUGUGUAUGUCAAUGCAAAUAUUGUGAUUGGAUGGAUUCACGAUAACAUUCUACAUUUCGAUGUCCCUCGCAAUCUACUAUGUGCGUAGAUUUUGUACUGCUGUCAAUUCUUGAGGUAUAUCAUCAGUGAGUCUGUACAUAUUGAGUUUCCCGGUAAAUAAUUCAAUUGAUUUAAUUCAAUUAUAUAUUAAUUGUUUUCUAUACAAUAUUCUGGCUAUUUGUUUGGCCUGUCGGGAGUCAGUCAGUCAUUUUAACUUAAAAGACGUAGUUAUUAUCAAGUUUAUCGAUUUAACUGAUUCAAAUUACAAAUAAUUAUAUUUAUAGAAAAUUACAUUGAUAUAGGUAAUUAUAUUUCUAUGAAUCAAAUGAAUAUAUUGCUGGCCUAUGUUAUCAGAUCUUUGCAUUUAUGUGCAGAUGCAAAGAUACAUUCAACAACGCCGAUUCACAAUUUGGCAACGCCAGAUAAUGAAUCAGUGAACAUUGGUAAUAAACCAAUGUUCAUUGAUUCGUGAUGCAAAUUAUGCUCAUAUUUUACUAUUUACUUUUAUUAUUUUCACAUAAUUCAAAGGACAAAGAUAAUUUAUUUGCAAUUACACGAGUUUUAUACUAAAUAAAAUGAAAUGCAUUAAUAUGUCGCAAUUAAAACGCAAUUUCAACAAUAAUUGACUGAUGAUAUACUUAAGAUGGAAUAUUGUCAGUAAGCUUUAUGAAUGUACCUAAGGAUAAUAGAUGAAUGAAUCCUGAAUUUAUUUAUGUAUGUAUAAAGAAACAUAGUCACGAAAGCGACCCAAAAUCGCGACUCGUCUCAGCAUUUACUUAUGCAUAUUUUUGUAAUUUUCCGAACUUGGCGCUCGCGCUGCCAGUCGCCUCGAGCGUGGAUUUUUCGUCACUUUCGUUAAAUAAAUUAUUCGAAAUACGGAUAUAUUUAAUACGUGACUCGUUAUUGUUAUACUAAAUUAAUUCAAAUCUAUCUUUAUGUUAGUUUAAAGCAGUAUUUCGGUAUUGUAAAAACUUUUCUCCGAUACAGUAUCUAGUUUUGUAGUUUUAUAUUGAAUAGAAAUUGUAAGUGAUAAAGACGGCCACUGAUUGUUCCGAUGUCGAUGCCGUGGUUCGAGGAGGCGCAGAUAGAUACGGUAAAAUCACAUUACCUUUCAAAAAUGUUUAAUAGUACCUAUUAUCAUAAUACCUACCUACACAAAAUUGUUUAUUUAACUCAUGUCUUGUUUUUUCUUACUUUGUCAGGAAUAAAUUUUUUGUCCUAACAAUAGCGAUCUAAAAUAACAUCUGUGACAAGUAAGCUGAAAAUGAAAAUCCAAUAAUUUUAACUUUAAGAGAAAUAUUGUAAAAUAAAAUUUAAAUGCACUAAUAUCAUGAUGAUUAAAAAGCGAUGACAUUUUUUUAAUAUGGAAAAGUGAAAAAUAUAUAUAUAUAUAUUGAAAAUAAUGUGAUUUUACAAUGACCCCUACGAUGGUGUAAAAAUAUGAGACGUAAGUUUAUUAUGUACGCAUGUGCCAUACUACCUAGCCCGCCCGGCUAUGCCUACCGAUACUACAAUAGAUUUAUUAAUAUCUGUACAAUAAUAAAUUAUUUCGAAACAAAUGUCAGAUUGCUAAAAUAUACUUUUUAGCAAUUUUGGAAAACGUUGCUUCGGAUAUUUAUUUGUGAAAAAUAAAAAAAAAUGCAAAUCAUGAUUAAUUUAUAGGAUGGACAAGAAGAGUCAAACAGUAUUAAUAAAAUAAUUUCGAUACAUUUAAUUCGUGUUUGCUAAAUGCAUAUUUUACAAAACACGCUUACAGACUGUAGCAUAGAUAGAUACCUAUAUUCAUCAUUUUAUACAGCCUCGUCGUCGGUCGCCAUUACUAGUGCUUUUCUCUUGAACUUGGCUCAACACGCCACCACGCGUCUAGUUAUAUUAAUUUAAAGCCUAUUUGGGUAAAAUACUUGAUUUCCUCUUGGGAUCCAUACUUCCAUACUAUAUAUAAUAUAAUAUUCAUUAUAUAUGAUAUAUAAUACUAAUAAAUAUUAUAAAUGCGAAAGUCUGUCUGUCUGCACAUAUGUCUGUCUGUCUGUCUGUCGUUCCGCUUUCCUAGAUAAAUUCACGGCAAAAGCUAGUAAUUAAUUUAUCAUAAUAUGGUCAAGAAUUAGGUACAUACACUAUGUAGGUAGGCGCGAAGUAAAAAAAAAUACAUGAUAUUUUUUUUUUUAAUUGGGAAUAUUGGCCUUUAGAACAAUGAGUAAAUAAAUCCCGUGGACGAAGACGUGGAUCUAGAGUCGUUGACAACAACAACGUGGCCGAUCUGUUGAUUGGGUCUGACGACGUUCCUAUUCACUCAUUCGCACAAUUUUACCGUCUUCCUCGUUUCAAUAAUAAUAAUUUAAACACUUGGUGUUGAUUCUGGCCAAAUAUCUGCAGAAUUAAAAAAAAAAAAAACAUAAAUUAUAAAAUAUAUAGUUAGUACCUAUCUAUCCAAUUUUAAGUAGGUUACCUAGACUUCGGAAUUUGUACGAUUUUUUCAAAAUAAAACGAGAAUAAAGAUGAUGAAGUGAAAUUUAUAUCUAUGCUGUCUGUACAAAUUUUUCGAUUCGGAUUUUAAAAUUUUGAACAUUCUUUAGAUAUUUCUAAAGUAGUGAUUCACAUUUUUAGAGCUACGUAGUUUUACCAAAAGAUUGAUGGAUUAUAGACAAUAAACUUUUUACAACCUCUUUUACCAACAAAUAAAAUAAAAUUAUUCUAUGAAUACAA